CGACACCGGAAGCUGUUUCAACAACACGGAUACUGACUCAUUCAAGCACCUCUUUAGCCUUGUAGCCAACAUACAAACGAAAACAUUAAAGCUCUUUAGACAAUUUUUAUGUAUAUUAAUCUCCGUGUUUUUAACACAAUACUCUUUACGUAUCUACUAUUUAACUUAAAGUAAUUUGCUUGUUAAAUGUACAAAUGUGUUGAUUAUACCGAGUCUAGCACUAAGCUUAUCGUUAAUGCUAGCUAGCCCGACCAUGAACUCACUGAACGACUACCCUCCUGUUAAAGAAGAGGCGGUCUGCUGGACGGAGAAAGAAGCUCUGGGGCUGAACAUUGUCCUGAAAGAAGAGAAAGAACAUUUUAGAGUGAAGGAGGAAGAGGAGGCUGUAACAUUGAACAAAGAAGAGGAUGAUCUUUUGGGAGAUGAAGGAAAGGAAGAGGAGACUGAAGAUCUGAUUAACACCAGAGAGAGACCAGACUUUCACUCUGACAGCGGAAAGAGUCCUUCAGUGGGACCAGACCCAGUGACACCCAAACCAGGGAGACGACACAACUGCUCCCAAUGUGAAAUGAGAUUCUCCCUAUCAGGGGACCUAAAACGGCAUAAGAAAAAACACACAGGAGAAAAGCCUUUCCAAUGUUCCCAGUGUGGAAAGAGUUUUACCUGUUUAGGGAAUCUAAAUCGGCAUGAGAAGAUACACUCAGGGGAAAAGCCGUUCCAAUGUUCCCAGUGUGAAAAGAGUUUUGCCUGGUUAAGGAGCCUGAAGAAGCAUGAGAAGAUACACGCAGGGGGAAAGCCUUUCCAAUACCAAGGGACCAGCCAACCUUUUGAUACAGGAUGCAGUGGAGAGAGACCAGACUCUCACUCUGACAGCGGGAAGAGUCCUUCAGGGGAACCAGACCCAGUGACACCCAAACCAGCGAGACGACACCACUGCUCAUACUGUGGAAAAAGUUUUACCCGAUUACUACACCUGAAAUCACAUGAGAGAAUACAUACAGGAGAAAAGCCCAACCACUGUUCCCAGUGUGAAAAGAGUUUUAGGUGGUUAACGACUCUGAAACUCCAUGAGAGAACACACACACACGAAAAGCUCUACCGCUGCUCCCUGUGUGGAAUGAGUUUUACCAAGUUAGGGGCCCUGAAUGUGCAUGACAGGACACACAUAGGAGGGGAUAAGCCCUACCGCUGCUCCCUGUGUGGACAGAGAUUUAACCGGUUAAGACAUCUGAAUAAGCAUGAAAGAAUACAUACACAGGAGGAGAAGACAUACCACUGCUCUCAGUGUGGAAAGACAUUUUCCCAGUCAGAGGACCUGAAAACACAUGAGAGAAUAGAGAGGCUGUGUUCUGACUUGUGUUUUUGACCUGACAAUUAAUUUUUAUUAUUUUUUCCUGCCAAAUGAAAUCAUUAUUGAAAUAGACCUACUUUUUUGUCUUAGUUUUCAUCUGGAGACUGACAUGACUCUCCUGUGAGGAUCCAAGGGUUUCUAACAUACUCUGUUACACGGAAUCAUGGCUCUCUCUCCAGAUAUACUGUUGCCAUGACUCCGGUGAGGAUCCGAGGAUCAGGUUACAGUGGAUCAGCAUUCAAUAGAGGGAGGUAGGGAUAUGGGGUUUUUAUGACACCUCACCAUCGAUUGGUAGGCAGCAGACUAUUACAGUGGAUCAGCGUCCAAUAGAGGGAGGGAGGGAUAUGGGGGUUUUAUGACACCUCACCAUCGAUUGGUAGGCAGCAGACUAUUACAGUGGAUCAGCGUCCAAUAGAGGGAGGGAGGGAUAUGGGGGUUUUAUGACACCUCACCAUCGAUUGGUAGGCAGCAGACUAUUACAGUGGAUCAGCGUCCAAUAGAGGGAUGGAGGGAUAUGGGGGUUUUAUGACACCUCACCAUCGAUUGUAAAUUAUAGGCAGCAGACUAUUCCUUUUGGGGUCUAAUUUGGGCGACUGGAAUGUCUCUUUGUUACCGAGACGACCCAAAAACUUCAACAUCAAACAAUGGACACCGGGACAAUAUAUUCCAACAUCCGAAUGUUGGGAACGAUGAGAGAUGGAAUAUGGAAAAUGUAAUGUCUAUUUUGUGAUGUCAUUAAAAUAGUUAUAAAUAGGUUUUAAUGAAAGCAUUAACUUCAAGAGCUUUUACUCUGUGUAUAUCAGGUUUACAUUCUUUACGUUGUGUAGAAAAUAUCAAGGAUAAAGAGAAUGUUUUUGUGACGAUAGGAUUGUGAUUUUAGUACUCUAACGAGAUAGUAAUUCUGAUACCUUGCCUCGUAACUAGCCACGCCCCAGGGAGCCCGGAGAACGGGUCAGAAUGACGAAAAAUUCCUCCGUUUUACACGAGGGUAUAAAAACAUGGAGUUAAGAAUGAUCACGAGCUGUAGCUGAGGUCUACGAUUAGUCAUGACCCCCCCCCCCCAGCGCAAAACGCAACACACGAAGAAGACAAUGGAACCUCUUAACAAUCAAUGCUACGGUUAAUUAGCUGUUCUUAGUGUCCUCAGGACACCACUCUGGGAUCACCGACAUGGCUGAUUAGCCGUCCUCAGGACACCACUCUUCCAGAAUGAGUGCAAAGUAAUCAGACAACUAAGAAGAAGGACAUUGUGACAUUUUGUGGACAAAUCAGAGCCUUACACCUGAGAAUGACCGGAGAAGGCCAGCCGAAAUAAGAAGCAACCUCCUCAUCAAGUGGGAACCCGGCCCACGAAGGGCCCAACAGAGAGCCCAACUGAACCCUCCUCAUCAAGCGGGAACCCGGCCCACGAAGGGCCCAACAGUGGUACCCGACAGACCUUCAGCGCGUAAAUACAUGAGUUAUUUCUUACCCAGAAUAGCGGCAGUUUGGGGCAAGGUAUUAAGGGCUAUACUGUGGGCGUAGUUCCCAAAUGUAUCCAAGUGUUGCGUCUCUUUCUUUCUCUAACUCUCCAUCUUGUAACAAGUGUCAUAUUGUGUUAGUCCGCUAGGGACUUGUUGUCGUCGUAUUAAGUAUCCAAUCAAUAACCUAUACCAUGUUUGUGUAUCCUAUGUUAUCAUUUAGUUUGUUAGUAAAUAAAUAAUCAAAUUAA